UUAGCCUUUUGCCUCUUCAUCAACUUCCGAGAACUUUCGGCUUAUUGCAAAACCUUCCAUCUUCAGAAGUCCACGAAAAAGAAGAGUUGGUAUUUGCAGCAGUCUCAUUUUGUCUCAGCUGAUAAACAAUUCUACAAGAAGAGAAGAACUCGAUCCAACAUGAUAGUAGCUUGUCUAGCUUGGCGAGAAGAAUGAGCAACCACAAACUUGAUCAAUAUGCUAGAAACAAUGGGCGAUUUGGAACGCAAGAUCAUGUCUUAAUCUACAUAGAGGGUAUGCUCUAUGGCGUGCCUACAACCCCGUCAGAGCAUAGUAUACCCAGGGUUCGUCCUCAACUGCGCAAAGUAAACAACAAAGCCUAUGAACCAGAGAUUCUGGUCGUCGGUCCUUUAUCACUAUGGAAAAGACAAAUUUAAAUCCAUGGAGGAGGAAAAAAUGAGGUACGUGCAGCAGUUGCUUCAGAGGAGAAAAGAGGAAAGCGUUGACCAGUAUAUGCUGACUCUAAGAGAACUGGAACAGCUGGUGCGUAAUUGCUACGCGGAAACUAUCAACCUCUCCCAAGAAAAGUUCCUAGCGAUGAUGCUUAUCGAUGGUUGUUUCAUCGUUGAGUUGUUCCGUAAGUACAAUAUGGAGAAACUGAAAACAAAGACGACCCACUUAUGGAGGAAGAUUGGAUUCGAUACUGCCUCCAGCGCGAUUUAUUGCUGCUCGAGAACCAACUCCCGCUUUUUCUGUUGAACAAGCUAUAUGACCUGACUAAAGGUCCGGACGAGCAUCUCGAGCUCAUCGAUAUAGCUACCACGUAUUUCGAUUUUGAACUAGGAGACUCGGGCCAAUAUCCGACACUUCGUGAGAGCAAACAUCUUCUUCAUCUAAUGCACACUUGUUGGACUUCUGGCCUGCCUAAUGUGCGCCGGCUAUAUGGCAGAGCCCCGCCAACGAAAGAGAAACUCAUGUUCAUGUCCUCAGCAACGGAGCUCAGAGAAUCCGGAGUCAAGUUGAGGGCAGUGCGAGGACGACACAUGAAAGACAUCAGAUUCAAGAACGGCAAACUGGAGAUACCGGUCUUGAGUGUACAGGACCACACUGAGUCACAAUUUCGAAACCUAAUCGCAUAUGAGCAGCAUCGUCAAGGUGGAGACAUCAACUACUUUACAGAUUAUGUGACCUUCAUGGAUUGCCUCAUAAACUCUUCAAAGGAUGUCGAGAUGCUUCGCCGUGCAGGGAUUAUUAAGAACUACUUGGGCGAUGACGAGGUAAUUGCGCAGAUGUUCAACAAGAUGAGUGACUACGUCACUCUAUCCAAUUUCUAUUACUCCGAGAUUUUCAAAACUGUGAAUGCGUAUUGUAACAAGAGGUGGAACGUUUGGAUGGCAAAACUAAGGAGGGAAUAUUUCCAUAGUCCUUGGGCUUUCUUGUCUGUUCUCGCAGCCAUUGUGUUGCUCAUUCUCACGGCAGCGCAAACAGUACUUAGUAUUCUUUCUUAUACAAAGCAAAGUUGAAUGUGAUUCAAUGCUGGUUUAUAUA